GAAAUGGCUGACCAUGGAGGGCUGGCGAGAGUGUUGUCGAAGCAAGAUUUUAAUCCUGAAAAUUUUGUCAGCAAAUUGGCAGGAGGACCAGGGGGAGAAAGUGAUUUGCUGGUGAUGAAACAAAAAGUUCAGAUCUUGUCAGAUGAAACUGCGCACUCUCUCAAGAAAAAUGUGUACAAAAAUUAUUUCCAGUUUAUUGAAACAGCGAAAGAAAUAUCAAUCCUGGAAGGAGAGAUGUACCAGCUCAGUCAUACUCUCACAGAACAGAAGAGUCUUAUGUCCUCGAUGAUGGAAAUGUCACUAGUGAGUGAUAAAGCAAUAGUUGAAGAACCAAAAGAGCAAGAACAAGAAAACCCUGAAGAGGAAACCAGGAAAAACCUAGCCUUCCUUCUAGAGAAGGUGGAGGGCUGUUCUAGCGUGACAGAAGUCCCUGGCCGUCACCUUGUACACAAUAGUGACCUGGCAGAGCUGGAUGCUGAAUCAUUCAUGCAGAUCCAACGAGUCCAUUCCUUUCUGCUCAAUGACAGCUUAAUGAUAGCAACCUGGCUUCCUAACAGACGAGGACCAGUGCGGUACAGGUUCCAGGGCCUCUAUGAGCUGGAUAGCCUGGCUGUGGUCAAUGUUCGGGAUGCUGGGCCAGUCAAGAAUGCCUUUAAGAUCCUCAUGUUUCCUGACUCCAAGAUGUACCAGGCCGACAGUGCAAAGGCAAAGAGACAGUGGCUCGACAUUUUGGAGGAGACUAAAAAAAGAAAAGCCAAUAGGGACAAACAGAAGAAGGAAGCUGCCAUUUUUUUAGCAGAACAGCAAGCUGUCGCCUCUGUGACACCUACAGAAGAUAGUAAUCCAUUUGGAGAAGAGGAUGACAGUGAGACUCUUGCUGCCAUGGAAACAGAUUUCCUGAACUCUGAUUGGUUACAAGAACUUCCAGAAGAUCUAGAUAUGUGUAUUGCACAAAGAGACUUUGAAGGAGCUGUAGACUUAGUAGAGAGAGUUAAUGAAUAUUUGAAAGAUUGUCCAAAAGUUCCUGCCGUUAAAGAAUUCAGAGCAAGGAUUGAUCACCGGGUGAAACAGCUGACAGAGGGACUGAUGGGGGAGUUACAGGUGUCUCCAGAGCGAUCCCUCAGAGGGGGGCCUCGAGCAGCCAGACGUGCUGUCAUGCAGCUGAUCAGACUGGGCAAGUCUGCACAGGCUUGUGAUUUGUUCCUGAAGAACAGAAGUUCCAUCAUCAAGUACAAUAUCCGUCAGUUAAAAUUUGAGGGGGCUACCACGCUUUACAUACGUCGCCUGUGUGACGUGUUUAUCCCAUGCCUCUCAGAGACAGGCAAGGAGUUUAUGAAGGCAUUUCAGGACCACUACGGCUGUAUGUCAGCAUUUGUUGUUUGGGCUAAGAACGAGCUACAGAUGUUUGUAUCUACAGUCAAUAGACAGGUGUUUGGGGGCAAGUCCUCGCUGUCUGUCAUCACAGAAUGUCUUCACAAUGCACGCAAACAGUGUGAUGAGUUGAGCCAGAUUGGUUUAGAUGUGAACUUUAUCUUUGAGUCGUUGAUUGCCACAGAUCUGGAGAGGGUUAUCAGAGAAAACAAAGACCAGAUUAUUGAGGGUGUCAAGUACAGGGCUCAGGAUGACAAAUGGCGUCCAAUGAACCACCUCAGUCACAAAGACUGUCUCAAGUUUGUCGAGGAGAUGUCAGCUGGAGGUCUAGACCUAAAGAACUACAUCUAUGAUGCCUGUUUCAUAAAUCUGACAAUGAACACAGCCAAUUUUUCCAAAUCCUGCUUGUCCUUUGCCCGUGAUGUCCUGUUGGUUCACACCCCUGAGAUAGACUAUCUCGUUACUGAGGCUAUUUCAGAGAUAUUUAGGGCAGAGAUUGCCCACAUUGAGGACUCCAUCAGGAACAAAACCUUCUAUAGAGAGCACAAAUUUAUCCUGAAGAACGCACAGUUUGUGUUGGAAGUGAUAAUGAGUAAGAUAGAAGCAGCUUACAAAGAGCGAGGUGUUGUGUUCCCCAAGCAAUUACUGGACAUUAACGGCGAGUACAGACGACUUAAGUCUGUCGUCAAAUCCUUAGGAGCCGGCUGAAAGUUAUACUCUUAAAAGGAUUCAUUCUGACUCCUUAGGAAAUAUGAAUACAUUCACCAAUAUGCCAGGUUAUUUCAUGUCCCAAAAAAUCCUAUUUUUUUUGGCAGAAGAAAAUAUUUUUUCUCCAUUGUUGUUCAUGAAUGGUUCUAUUUUCUGCCAAAAAUACAAUUAGAAUUAAAGUUCAUGAAGAAAUAAUCGUUUCAAUUUUUCGCCAAUGGCUACAUAUUUUUUGGUUCAAACUUUGAAUAAAACUUAAAAAAUUCAAAUCGUUGAUCAAAUAAUUUCUACAGUAAAUCAACAACUAAGGUUGAGAUGCAACUUCAUGAAAGCUUCACUAUGUAUUUUCUUUUAAUUCAAAAGAACAAUUUUUUAUUCUUUAACAUUACAACUCGUUGUGAUGAUAUGGGUUUUAUGUAAAGUAACGUAUAUUUGUGAGCAAACUUUCAUUCCAAAACAUGAGACAAAAUCUUAACCCCACUGUAAUGUUCUCAUAUAUGCAUGUGCUUGCCAGGACUUUGUUCCUUGUUCUAAUUUUUUGUCAUUCUUAUUGGUACAUAUAGAUCAUAAAUUUGCCACUAAGUUCCAAUUUGACAAUAAAGAUAUAUUACAUGGUGUUAAUCAAUAUCAUAAUUGCUGAUUAUUCAUUAGGAACAACUCAACUAAUUUGGUGAGUAAGUGAUUUAAUGGUGCCAGGUCAGGAAUCAAAGGUGUGAUGGAGAAGAUUCACAUCUCUAUGCAGUUGUUGAAGAAUGUAUAUUUUGCCAUACUGUAAAUUCAAUGCUAAAACCUGCUUCUGAAAUGCUUCACCUAUGAUCUGUCUACCUAAUCCAAACAGAAAACACUAACCAGCACUUAGCUGUUUGUUGUUUUUUUUUUAAGAUAUGAUUUUUAAAAUUGGACAUUUGGUAUUUUAUUUUAAAUUGACUAGAACACAUAUCAUAGAUUUAUUUUACAGAAUACCUGUAAAUCUGACUAAUAAUGUCAGUCUACAACCUAAUUAUGUCAUUCUACAGUUUGCUCUAGGAUUACUGUCUUCAAGAUCACACUGAAUUGUUAUAUUAUUAUCAUUACCAAUUAAACCUACUUUAAUAAUUUACUACAAAUAAGGUGUGAGCAAUCAAAACACUUCUAAAAGAGAUUUCUUAUCUAACAUUUCUGAGAAUAUGUUGCAUAUGCAAUAGUUUCAGUUAAGUUUAUCAAACUUUGAAUAAUCUUAUGAGGUGGGAAAGAGGCUUAUGUGCAAUAAAUUGAUGUCUUUAUGUUAUGAUACUGGUGUAAAAUUAUGUUACAUUGGGUUAACAUUAGUUUCCUUACAAAUCUGUGCACAGAUCAAAUAUUUAUUCAUUCCGUAAGCAAUCUUCAUUAUAAACGUCUAAUAGGUGACAUCUGAAAGUUGUGGAUUCAGUGAUAGUGAAUUUGUAUAUGAUCUGUGUGAUGGUUGAUUUUAUAUGGAGGUGUGGUUUAUAGAUAAGUAACUACUGGUUUAUACAGAGAGAAUCUGUAAUACCAGUUUUAAUGUUGUAAGUAUAUGAUGAAAUACCAUGUAUUUCUAUCAUUGUUGUUUUGCUUUGUGUACUUCACUAAAAAUAAAUGAUGUUCUACUAAA